AUGAUUUCUUACUUGAAUUUCAAUUCUUUUGAUCAACAUGGAUUCAAGGAACUUGAUAGUUAUGUUUCUGAAUUUGUUAGAAGUGUUAUGAACUAUUGUUUGUAUAUGGAAUUCUAUUUCUCAAAAAUUGGAGCGAUUCUGAAUAUUUUUCAUUUGAUUAUACUUUGCCAAAGGUCGAUGAGAAUUUCAUCUACGAAUAUUAUAAUGAUUGGAAUCGCGAUUUGUGACUUGACUUGUAUGGGGAUAAUCAUAAAAAAUGAUCUUCUUUUACUAGAGACGUUACAACCAUGUUCACCACCUCGUUCGUUGAACCAAAUGCGUCUAGACUGGCUUGUGACUACUGUUCACAACGCACUACGUCGAUGUUCAGCAUGGUUAGCCAUGUCAAUGACCAUUGUCCGUUAUCUCGUGAUCACUGAUAUCCCAGCCAAUAAUAGCAAGUUCUCCUCACCCGAAUUCGGCUUGAAAAUCACACUUUACGCGUUUUCCAUCAGUUUCAUAUUCAGUAUUCUAUUCUAUCUCCACGUGGAUAUUGUAGAAAUCGGUACAUGGCAUCCGAAUGAAAGUUGUGGGAUGUCUGAUGGCUUACUCACUGUUUAUUCAGAACAAUUCAAUGACUUUUUUGAGUCUAACAAUGCUUUGAUUGCCAGAGGACGGCUGCUUCUAGAAGGAAUAUUCGCGAAGCUUAUUCCGUGCUUAGCUGUUCCUGUUCUAACUGGACUUUUAAUUUAUGAAAUUCGGAAAUCUAGGAUUUCCUCUACUUUGGAAAUUUCCGUAGCUAACAAGAAGUCAAGGAAAUCUCGACAAGAUCGAACAACAAUUUUGAUCAUUUUUGUUGCCGGAUCGUUUUUGAUAUCAGAAUUUCCACUUGGAAUAGUCGAUAUGUACAAAGUGAUAUGGAUAGGAGAUAUGAAUUAUGACCGAUCCCGAUGGCUGCCACUUCACCAACGACCAGGCCUACUUCAGCUGAACGAACAAGGAUGCAACACCGAUUCGGAGCACUCCACCACCUCGGCAUGA